AUGACCUCCACGCCACGCCACCAGUUGCGCGAGCUCGGCUCGGACGAUGUCGGUGUGGGGUCGAGCGCACUCGCCUCGCACGGCGCGUCGCGCGAGUUGGGCCACGAGCCGCAGCUUCGUACGACGCUGGGAGGGCGGCGCGCGAUCGGACUGCAAGCCGGCGGCGAGGUCGGCGCGAGCACGUCGCGAGGGCGUGACCGGUCGCACGAGCUCGACUCGGCGCAGCUCUCGCUCGAGCGCACCACCGGCGGCGAGAUGGCGGGUGUCUGGGACGAGUCGAGCGGGAGUGUGCCCACUGCGCCGUUCGGCGCCCCAGUCGUCCUCAUCCAGCAUCGCGGCGCCGUGUCCUCGCCGCAGGUCGCACUCGCCGAGGCGCCGUCGUCGACGCCCGUCUACAAACCGGCCUUUAACAAGACGGCCUAUUCGGGCUCGGGCUCGAGCACGAGCGCGACGGCGUCGGCCAGUCGUGGCGCAGGCGACGCGCCGCAUCGUCCCGUCGAGCGCAUGUCGCGACUCUCGUCGUUCGCGCACCGCCUCUCGUCGCACUCGCGCGACACGUCGCCUUCCUCCUCCUCCCCGAGGCCCGCCGACGACUCGUUCCCUCGCCGCCCUCGGUUCCCGCGCCGCUUCUCGCGCUCCCUCACCUCGCUCCAGGCGUCCCUCCACGUGACGUGCGACGGCCCGCAAGACGCGCUCGAGCCCUCGCCGUCGGACGAGCCUGACGAGGGCAGCAAGCUCGCGAGGUGGCGCGCCAAGGGCAAGGCCAAGCUCGUCGCCGCGUUCAAGCCGCCGACGCUCGAGUCGCCGCCGACCUCGCCUCCUUCGGCGUCGUCGCCCUUUGCGACCUCGUCGCGCACGCCCGAGCUCGGCCGUGCCCCGUCCCGUUCGCGCUCGUACUCGGCGCCCCUUUUCCUGCCGCGAGCGCCAGCGGCGCCUCUCGAGCAGAGCCAGGUCGUCGCACCGGUCGCCGCCGAUCCGCCUCCACUCGCAGGGCUCGCGAGCCCGGCGUCGCCCGGCCCCCUCUUUCCUCUCGGCGCCUCGUACAUCGACGGGCGCGACUCGCCUGCGCUCGACGCCUUCGCCACCUGCCCGUCGUCCCCGAUCGGCGACGCCGACCCUUUCUCUUCUUCGUCGCCGCCGAGCCUUGCCCGCGCCGCCGUGCGGCCUGCUCGGCGAGCCACCACGUUCGACAACCUCCCGCGCGAGGUGCAGCUCGGCGUCUUUGCGGCGCUCGUCGAGGCGUGCGAGGACGAGUGGCGGAGGGACGUGCGCGAGGGGAGGUGGGUCGGCAAGAAGGCGAGCGAGAGGUGGAGCGACGGGAGGGCGAGGGGCAAGCGCGAGGUCAUCAAGCUCGGGCGGGUUAGCCGGGCAUGGCGCGCCCUCUCGCUCGACGGGCAGCUUUGGGCGACGGCCCCGGCGUCGAGCGUCCUCGGUGGCGACGUGUUCACGCAGGCGGGCGUUGCAGCGCUUCUCGAGUCGGCGGGCGACUUCUUGACGACGCUCGACGCCAAGGGCAUGGGCGACACGCUCGGCAACCCGGCGCUCGAGCCUCUCCUGCAGGGCACGCCGACGAGGCUCGCCAAGAUCGACCUCACCGGCUGCACCGCCGUCACCUCUUUCGCCCUCACGCGCCUCAUCACCUUCUCGCCCGACCUCGUCGAGCUCGUCGUCCCAGGUCUGCCCUGCGUCACCGGCGAGCACCUGCGGGCGCUCGCGAUGCACUGCCCUCGACUCGCCAAACUCGACGUCUCGCGCUGCCCCGACCUCACGGCGCACUGGCUCUUUAGCCUGCCGUACCCACCUCCGAGGUCGGCCGACUCGCGCGCGUCGUCGAUCGAGCCGUCGAUCGAGCUGUCGAAGCGGCGCGGGCUCAAGAGCCUCAAGGCGUCGGGCCUCGCCGGCAUGGACCUCGUCGACGUCGGGCUCCUCCUUCACUGGCACCCGCACCUCGUCACGCUCGACCUGAGCUUCUCGGUCGGGCUCGACGACUCGGUCCUCGAGCGCCUCGUCGUCCGGCCGCAGCCGCCCGUCCUCGCACGACCUUCUCAAGUCGACGGCGGCGCGCGACUGGCCUACGUCCCGGCCCCGGUCACGAAGCAGUCGUACCCGGCCCUGCGCCACCUCAACUUGUCGGCGUGCAAGCGCAUCUCGUCGGUCGGCCUGCACCACCUCGUCGGCGCGUGCCCCAACCUCGAGGUCCUCGAGCUGUCGCGCAUUGGCGCCGGCCUGCGCACCGACGGCCUCGCACGCUUCCUCGCGUCGUGCACCAAGCUGCGCAAGCUCGACCUCGAAGACGCGACUGAGACGACCGACGAAGCGCUCCUCGCGCUCGUACCGUCGACCGUCGGCGGCGUCGUCACGAGCGGCGCGCCCAGCCUCACGCACCUCGUCAUCGCCAACUGCCGCUCGUUCACCGACGGCGCCAUCUCGGCCGUCGCGCUCGCGGGCGGCUGCACCGAGCUGAGGGUGCUCGAGGCCGACGGCACCGCCAUCUCGGACCGCACCGCCAAGGCGUUCGUCCGCCUUGCCGCGCCUCGCGCCCUCGCCGCACAAGUCGCCGCUCUCGCCCGCCUCGGCGACCGCGACCCGCUCGUCGCGAGCAAGCACCCGGCGCUCCUGAGCGUCCUCGACGACCGCACGGCGGCGCGCCGCAUGAGCCGAGACGUCGGCUGGGCCUCGAUGCUCCGCCCUCGCAACGGGCAGCGCGGGCCCUGGACGAGCGCCGUCGAGUCGUACCACGACCGCGAGCCGCACGACAUGCGCCGCGAGGGCGACCGCGACGAGUCGCUGCCGGAGCGCGACCGCAGGGCCAAGGGCGUCAUCGACGAGUGCGACCCGGCCAGGGUCGUCGUGCGCUCGUUCUACUCGCACCUCGCCGUCGAUGCCGCACGUGUCACACGCGAUGCAGCCGUCGCGCUCGAGCGCGAGAAGGCGGCGGCGGCGAACUCGAGGGGCUCGUGCGCGGGCAGUGCGAGUGCUGCGGCGCCGGCGAGGGAGUCGCUUCUGCGCUCGAGGGCCCUGAGCGACUCGCACAUCUUGCGACCGUCGAGGCUGCUCGACGACGAGGACGGAAGGGCGGCGUGCGUGAUCUCAUGAGCUUGCCUUUGUCUCUUUCUCUCCGUCGGAUUCUCAGUCUGUCGCCUCUGUAGCUUUUGCCUCUCGUUCGCUCUCGCGUGCUGCACACCGUUCUGGGUCAAGCGU